CAAAGUCAAAGUACACACACACAACAUGGCAGUCUCUAACCCUCUCAACGUCUUCAAGGGCCCUGAUGCUCUUCGUCAGUUCUUUGAUCCUGAUGAACAGCCUCCGGUCCCCUUGGUCGAGUUGCCCGACACUCUGAACCCAUUUCGAAAGGACAAUGUGCGCAUCUACGCCAAGCUGCUCACGUUUCUUCCAGCCCAGAACGUCAAGGCGCUUCCAGCUGUCAACAUGCUCCUCCAUGACCCUUCCGCCGCCAACAAGUCCGUUUUCGAGGUUAGCUCCGGAUCGACCGUCACCUCGCUCGCCAUCGCCAACCGAGUCCUCUACAACAACGAUGAUACAACUGCAUAUGUCUCAAAUAAGGCUGCGAUAGACCGUGUUCGGGAACUGCAGUUCUUUGGUCUCAAGGUGAUGCUCUACGGUGGCCCAACUUACACCGACACCACCGACAUCAGGGGGCCGGUAGAGUGGGCCAGAAACCUAGGCAAGAGUUCGGACAAGGUGGUCAACCUCGGCCAGUACGACAGUGUGUGGAACUGGAAGUCCCAUGAGCGCUGGACUGGCCCUCAGAUUCUCAAGCAGCUGCCGGAGAUCGACAUCUUCUGCAUGGGCAUGGGUAGCACAGGGUGUGUCACCGGCACUGGCAUGUACCUCAAGUCCCAGAAGCCCAAGGUCAAGGUGUUGGGUGUCUGCAAUGUCGAGGCCGAUAUUGUACCAGGCCCUCGGGAGCGUCCCAUGCAUGAGACGAGCCCGUUCCCCUGGAAGGAGGUCGUGGACGAGACCGAGAUUGUCAGCUCCAAGGAGUCGUACAGACUGUCCAUGCAUCUUUCCCGGGAGGGCAUCAUUUCUGGUCCUUCAAGUGGCAUGAACCUUGGCGGUCUGCUCCAGUUCAUCCAGGCCGCCAAGGACAAGGGAGCUCUCAGCAGCUACGCUGACCCUAUCACGGGUGAAGUCUCUUGCGUCUUUGUUUGCUGUGAUCUACCACAGAAGCAUAUGGACACGUACUUCCAGAAGCUGCCUGACAGUGAGUUCAAGGAGAUUGGCAACCGAGAACUGUUUGAUGUCGAUCAACACGUGUAUAGCUUCAGAUGGGAAGCCGAUCCCGAGGCUAUCCACCCGACUGACCCAGAAGUCAUGGCUCCCAUUCGCUGCAUCGACCUGCGUUCCCCAGAGGACUUUGAAGAAUGCCAUGUACAGGGCGCCUUCACGUCCCCACUGGAAGGUUUGACGCCCAAGAGCACAUCAGUCUUUGAGUUUGGGGAACCCAACGUCCUCAUUGACCAGUGGAAGAAGCUCAAGGCCAAGAUUGAAGAUUCAGGUGUCUCAAAGUGGUUAUCAGCUGCAACAAAUCCCCUGCUGGUUCUAGACUAUGAUGGUAACACGUCAAGGGUCAUGGCUGCAGCCUUGAGAGCGCAAGGCUUCGAAGCUUACUCGUUCAAGGAUGGCAUGUCUGGCUUGGCCAAGUGGCUCAGCAGCAAACAGUCUACAUGAGUUAAAAAUUGUGUAAUGCGAUAGUUCAGUAAGCAGGAAUUAGAAUGAUUUUUAACUAG